AUGGCUUUUGGAUUCCGUAUGUUAUCAACAAACAAGGGUGCCAUGAAAACCCAACAUUACAAUGUUGAGUGUUUUUACCCAAGUUACAUCUAUAAUAGGCUUUGUUCUUCUCAUUUUGAGAAGUUGUUAUCCAGGAUUGGAGAUGAAGCCAUGGAAUUACUGAUGGGCAAACGGUCAUUAUUCAUGUUAUUACCUCCCAAUUCCUAUCUGCAGUUGACUGGAAGGAUUCCUGAUUUUCCUCCCCCUGUUGUUUCUUUGAGCAAUCAGUCCAAAAACAAAAAACAAAAAAUGCAAAACUUGGCUGACCAAAUAUAUUCUCUUUGUCAAAGGGAUCAGAAUGGUCAACCCAAAUCCAAGAAGAAAGAAAGCGAACUGUCAGUAGGCAUUAAUAAAAAUAAUGAUCCAAAGACUCUGAAGAAGAAAACUCGAAGAGGCAAAAGAAAACCUAAAAACAUCCUAGCUUCUUGCUCCCUAAUGAAAAUGUCUUUCAACCCUUACAACUUCUAUGAAGUUAUCCCUCAUACAUAUAUCUUGUAUGCUAAAGAUUUGCACCAAAGGUUAGAUAAAUAUCUUUGUACAACCAUGACAAAUCAAACAUCAGCCUGUGAACUAGUCCCUGGCAUAUCUGCAUCCUCAACAGCUGACUCUGCUUGUCCCAAGUGCCAAGUAAAAUCCUUUCUUGCAAGUCAACUGAAGCCCUUGUUGCAAAAACUAAUAAAAAAUCACAGAUCAUGUCAUUAUAUAUCAUUACUGAAUUAUCACUGCCCAAUUGCUGUGACUAAGGCUAAGCUGCAGAGAAGAGCAUCACUCAACAAAAUAUCUACUAACCAUUCCAAGGAAAAUAUAAAUACAUCUCCAAAGAAAUCAGCAGGAGUAAAAGUAAUCAAAAGGUUAAUAACAAAAAGAAGGAAAGCCUCAAUCCAAAUGUUGCUGGAUGAUUAUGUUCUGCACAAACAGGUUUACCGUUUUCUUCGAGCCUGUUUGCUGCGUUUGAUUCCAGUAGAGCUUUUAGGAUCAAAGCAUAAUGUGACUAUCUUGCUGAAGAAUGUGAAAAAAUUUAUCUCUCUUGGAAAAUUUGAAAAACUCUGCCUUGGUCAAAUAAUGAAUGGCAUGAAGGUAUCUGCUUGUGGCUGGUUGAGGAAAAUUCCUUCCCUUUCUUGGCGAUGUCAUCUUCUCUGUCAGUGUUUGGUGUGGAUUUUUUUCAAUAUCAUCAUGGUGAUCAUUCGAGGUUUCUUCUAUGUAACAGAAACAUCACAUUAUCGAAAUCGUUUGUUCUAUUACCGGAAACCUGUAUGGCUCCAUUUACGGCAACUUGCAGUUCAAAAUUUUCUUUCAAAAGGCAUGUUAAAACCUAUAAAACAUGAGGAAGUCUUUCAGAAAAUGGUGAAAGGAGUUUGUCUUGGUGUGUCAUGUUUGCGUUUCCUUCCAAAGAAGAAAUCCUUUCGGCCAAUUAUAAAUAUGAAUUGUGCUAACCUGAAAUCAUUACCUAAGAAGCUUCCAAUCAAGCAACAAGUGUCUGGCCUCUUUUAUAUUUUCAAUGUUAUUAAGGAAAAAUACCCAGAUUUAAUGGGUCAUUCUCUUGAUUUUCUCCAUCAUUACUUCUCUUUCUUACUUCUGCUGCUGAAGUCUUUCUGUUGUUAUUUCCAGUGUAUGGUUGCAAAGGAAAGAACAAAUAAGGAUUUAAGUGAAAUGAAAAGGACUUACCUGGUAUGGAUUCACCAGUAUGAGUUCAUGAGGCCCCUCUACUUUGUGAAAAUAGACAUUCAAGAAUGUUUCAACUUUAUUAAUCAAGAUCUCUUGAAAAAUAUCAUGAGAGAUAUUUUAGAUAUGGUUGGUGAGGAUUUCAUUAUUCGUAAAUAUGCAAAAAUAUUUUGUAUCGAAGGAAAACUGAAGAGAUCAUUUUUCUAUGAAGCAACAGUUGAAUCAGAACACAACCCUAAUUUUAAAAAUUACAUACAGCAUGUAAAAGACAAGAAAAAAUUGGGCAAUUCUGUUAUUAUUGACAAAGUUUUGUAUGAUCACAUGAAGUUUGAUGAGAUAAUAAAGAAGCUGCACUGUCAUGUCAGCAAUAAUGUUGUCAAGCUCGAUUCGCACUACUACACGCAAACUCAGGGCAUUAGCCAAGGUUCUGUAUUGUCAACUCUUCUUUGUAAUAUCUAUUACGGUCAUAUGGAGAACAAAAUGCUGAAACUUGACUCAGAUGCAUUGAUGAUGAGGAUGGUAGAUGAUUUCCUUUUAGUAACACCUCAAAAGUCAACUGCUUUUAGGUUUUUGAAUAAGAUGCUGAAUGGUAUACCAUUGUACAAUUGUAGCAUUCAGCCUGAGAAGACACUUAUCAAUUUUGCUUACGAUCACAAAACCUAUGGAAAGUUGCCCCAGAUUUUAGAAACAGAAAUGCUGCCAUGGUGUGGAUUGUUGAUUGAUACUAAAUCACUGAAUAUAAAGCGAGAUUACAGCCGUUUUUCAGGUUUGGGUAUUUCAGACAUACUAACUGUGAACCUGACCCCACAAAUGGCAGCAAACCUUUGCCAUAAAAUUCUCAAAUGUAUAAAUCCAAAAUGUUUGGCUAUAUUUGUGGACAAAAAGAUCAACGGUAUCACCACAAUUGCAUGUAAUGUGUUUAAUCUUUUCUACUUGGCUGCCUACCGAUUUCAUGUCUUCAUCCUAAGAUUAAUCACUAAGCAACAAACACUGGAUAGUGCACAAUUUUUUUUCAGAAUCAUCCACUAUAUUGCUGACCAGUUCUUUAAGCUUGUCAAGACAAAGAUGAAGCAGAUAAACUCCGUCCAAAGUUAUCCUCUUUCAAAGUGUGAAAACAAAUGGUUGUGUUUUAUGGCAUUCUUUAUCAAAGUUUCACAGUAUCAGAGUCAGUAUAUAACAUUACAUUCAAUGUUGAAGAAGGCCUGCUCUCAAGGCAAAGCUAUGUUGUCAACCAAAAGAAAGUCAUUGCUGCUUAAAACUGUUAUGGAUGGACAAUUAGAAAGUGUCUUGAGUUCAAUGAAAUGA